AUGACGGCGGGACAACCUUACUUUGCCCAGGAUCCUCUGGGUAUUGAUCGGCCUGGUCAUAAUGAUGAUCUUUGCCCCGACCCCUUUAAUGGUUCUUAUCAAGGCCCCGUUAGCUCGGUAGGGCACCCAAUGGAGCUGUCCUCGAUGGUGUCCAUGUCCCGUGUCCCUGCUAUGCUACCUUCUAUGGAGCAUGGUGGUCUUUAUGGUUGCAGUUAUAUGCAGGAGGCAAUGCCGUGGCCUAUCAAGACCGAACAGCCGGACGCUCUCACCCUAGCACCCCUAAGAAACACCCAUGUCCGCAAUGGUCAGCCAACCCCCCCACCAUAUGACGACAAGAACGUGCAACAGGCAUCGGCACUGGAUUUCUAUACCAUGACUCGCUAUCCUGUGAAUGGGUUUCACCCUGUGAAUGCACCUCCUCCACCUCCGCCCUCACUCCCAUUGACAUCUUGCUCCUGUAACGGCAACGUCGAGCAGCCUCCCGUGAAUGAACAUGACGGGUCAAGAAGUAGUCCUCCUCCUAAACGGCGGCGAAAUAGCACGUCUGUGACCACGGCAAAGACCGAGGUAGAACAGCAAAAAGCCUCGCGCUCCAAGUUCCUAGAGCGUAAUCGGGUGGCUGCCAGCAAAUGUCGUCAUAAGAAGAAAGUCUAUGCCGAACACCUACAAGCCCGAUAUGACCUGGAGGAGGAUAGAAGGGAGAGGUUGCUUAACGAAAAGUCGAGUCUGACUACCGAGAUACUCGUCCUCAAGAAUCACGCGAUCGCACACGCUCAGUGCGGCAAUGAGCCUAUCAACAUUUAUCUGAACGGAAUGGUCACGGACCUUCACAAAAAGUGUGCGGGUGCCCCCCGACCAUCUUCCGACAUGAUCGCGUCGGAAUACGUCGCCAUGUCCAUGCCCUCACCGGACACGUCUGCUUUCGGCUUCGAUGGUCCCGUGCAAUUUUCUCCAUCAAGCUCAGCGACUUUGGAAAGAGAGGUUCUUGAAGAAACGGCCCGACGCGCCUCGAUCCAUUCCAUGGUCACCGACUUCUCUUACUCUCUGAUGGAUGGCGAGCCUGAUGACACCAUGGAGCCAGACAUCGAUUUUGAUAGUCUCUUGGACGUGGACAGAUGCGCCUAG